AUGAAUGCGAUUUGGACGCGAGGCGGUCUUGCCAAGGCUCCAGGGCCAGAGCUCUCUGGGGAGCUGUCGUCAACUUCCGCUGCCUUGACCCUCCACAACAACCCAACGAGCCAGCAACCACGCCCCCCACUCACGCCCACUCUUCGGCGCCUCACCUCUACAGAGAUUCCUCUUUGA